AUGAAGAGGUUGCAGGUUGCUAUACAAGGUUGUGCUCAUGGUCAAUUACAACAUAUUUACGAUUCUUUGAAAACUUUAAAGACGAAGCCCGACAUUUUACUUAUACUGGGCGACUUCCAAUCUCUACUAACGAAAUACGAUUAUAAGACUUGUGCCAUACCUCCAAAAUAUGCUAAGCUCGGUGAUUUCCAUAAAUACUAUACUGGACAGCUCGAAGCUCCAAUUUUGACUAUCUUCAUCGGUGGUAAUCAUGAGAAUAUGGGACAAUUGACGAAGAUACCGCAUGGAGGAUAUAUUGCUAAAAACAUAUUCUAUAUGGGUGCAUGCAAUGUUAUAACCUUAAUGGGAGUCAGAAUGGCGGGAAUAAGCGGGAUAUAUAAUGAAUUCGAUCAUCUUCGUGAAAGACCUGAUUGGGAUCAAAUAGAUUGGAAUCGUGAAAAGAGGAGCACAUAUCAUGUACGAGACUCUGAGAUUGUUCCACUGGCAAUGAUGAGAGAACGGAUUUCCCUGGUUAUGUCUCAUGAUUGGCCUACCUCGAUUGCGAAACAUGGAGAUUUGAAGAAGCUAUUGAAACAGAAACCUUAUUUUAGAGAUGAGAUAAAUGACAACAGUUUAGGUUCGCCAUUGAAUUGGUACCUUUUGAAAAGAUUAAAGCCCAUCUGGUGGGCUAGUGCUCAUUUGCACGUAAGGUUUGAGGCUACCUAUAAACAUGAUCACAAAGUAAACAAUGACGAGAUUGACUUGGAUAUCGACCUUGAUUUGGAUUCCGAUUUAGAUUUAAAACCAGGAAUCUCUACUCAGGCAACAAGCACCAAAAUCAAUACCACAACAAAGUUCAUAGCACUCGAUAAAUGCAAGGGAGGGAACUCAUUUAGACAUUUGACUGAAAUCACUAUCGAUUACGACGAGAAUCAUCCCACAUGUCAAGAUCGGGCAUUGUAUUGGGAUCCUGAAUAUCUAGCAAAUUUGAAAUACUGUCUUUCCAUAAAAGACUCAUUGAAAGGCAAGGAUUUGCAACAAAUUCCUGUAGACGAAUUGCAAAGUAACGUUGAAGUCGGACAUGUAGAAGAUUGGUCGAAAUACAGAAUACCCGUACCACAAAGUUAUAGAUCUGUCAUAAAACAAACGGAAUAUGUAACAGAAAAGUUUCUACAGUAA